GCCAUAUUGAUUAGUCUCCUAAAGUUUAUCCGAAAAAUAGUUCUCCAUUCCUGUUACGGCAUUGAAUGGAGGUUUCUACCAACUCACUUUGAACAUGAGUCAACGUCAAUCAAACCACCCCAAAGCAUGGAUUGUCAUACCUGCCUUGCUUUGUUUUAGUGAGGCCUGGAAAACCUACAGAUAUCCAUGGAUUGUCUGAGAUCUAUUAGAAAGAAUAGAUGGAAAGGCCCCAGGAAACUGAAAAAGAUUACUGUAUUAGUUGUGGUGACAAGCUUUCUUUUAAUUGUGUCUUUUGCUGAUACUUCAGAUGAUUGCCGGUUUCCGGCAAUUUACAACUUCGGCGAUUCCAAUUCUGACACUGGCUCCGUCUCAGCUACAUUUGGUCGAGUCACUUUGCCUAAUGGCCGUACUUUUUUCGGUAAACCUUCUGGUCGCUAUUCAGAUGGUCGUCUGCUCAUUGACUUUAUAGCCCAGAAGCUGGAACUACCCUUUCUGAGUGCAUAUCUUGAUGCUUUGCAACCCUAUUUCAGAAAUGGAGCAAAUUUUGCUGCCGCUGGUUCUACAAUUCAGCCCUUUGAUGUGAAAUUACUUGAGGCGGGUUUUAACCCUUUAACUCUCAAUAUUCAACUUUCCCAGUAUGAGCAACUCAAAGAUCGCACUAAUGAGUUGUACAAUCAAGCAAAAACUUCAAAGAUCAAAAGUAAUCUCCCAAUACCGGAGGACUUAUCAAAAGCCCUUUACACCUUAGAUAUUGGACAGAAUGAUCUUCAUUUUUUCCUUACGACGAUGAAGGUGGACCAAGUGAAGCCAUCCAUCCCUCCUAUAAUUAAUCAGUUUGCUCUUGCCAUUGAGAAACUAUAUCAAGAAGGGGCAAGAAAAUUUUGGAUUCAUAAUACUGGUCCCAUUGGCUGCUUGCCUGUAUUGGUUAUUGCAUAUCCUCCAAAACCUGGUGAUGCUGACCAAAAUGGUUGCAUUAAGUCUUUCAAUGAGAUUGCUCAAGAAUUCAACAAGCAGCUUAAAGACCGGGUUUCUGAAUUAAGGACCCAAUUUGAGGAUGCACUGCUUCUUUAUGUGGAUAUCUAUUCAGCAAAAUAUACUCUAAUCAGUGAAGCAAAUAAGUAUGGUUUUGUUAGUCCAAUUGAGUACUGUUGUGGGGAUCAUGAUAUCAACUGUUGGAACACAGCUAUAGUGAAUGCAACGAAUGCAGUAUGUAAGGAUGCUUCAAAAUACAUUAGCUGGGAUAGCGUACAUUAUUCUGAAGCUGCAAACCAUUGGAUUGCCAACCGCAUUGUGGAUGGCUCAUUCUCAGAUCCUUCCAUUCCCCUUAACAAAGCUUGUAGAAAGCCUUUGUGAUUGCCCUUUUCUUUUGUUAAGGAUAUUAACCUUUACAAAAAUAAAUAAAUAAAGAAAAGGGCAAAACAGUUGAUGACAAAUAUUAGUGGUUCAUAAUAAAUUGUGCCUGAAAUUAACUAGGCAUGACAGUUUAAUACCAACAUUUGCUUUUUCUGCAAUAUUGGUGCACUUGUAUACUAGGCAGCAUUUGCUUCUCAUUUUAUUGUUUUUGAGAUUUUAAUUUAUGGUUAUUUUUCUAUAAAGAUAUUCAUGGUUGGGGGAAUCGAAUAUUCAAGCUUAAUGAUUGAUGAGGAUAAUGUGACCAUUUUCUUAGAGAAAUACUCAGUGUCCUUUUUAUCA